UUCGCCAAUAGCAAUUUGAUCCCCAUAAAAUAAUACUAGCAUUUUAAUAUUUCCACGUUUUUUUGAUGUCACAAAAUAUAGGUUAAAACGAUUCCCAACUAUAACAUCGUCACUGCGUGCAGUGCGUGAGGGAAAAGAGAAGAGAGAGAAAGCUCGAGCAGGGAGAUUUUUCUCACGCCCACCUGAAUUUGGUUGUUGUUUUACCUCGCAAACAUUCGCUUCACACAACGCCCAGAUCUCUCUCUCUCUCUCUCAAUAAACCCCGCUUUUUUUUGUUUUCGUAUUUUCGUAAUUAUUUUUUCGAUUGCCUUGCAAAUUGCAAUCAAGAUUAAAGAAAUUUAGCUUAAUUCAAUUUGAGCGAGUUUGUGACGGAUGGUGUGUGAAAGAAUAUAGGUAAAUGGGCUCCAACGAGAUAUUAAAUUCCGACAGUAAUUCUGGUGAUAGAGCGAUGUCGAUCUCAGGACUUCGUGAAAAGCACCAACAAGAUUUAGAAAAUUUGACUCUGACCUCACAGCCCUUCAAGACAUUAAAGCUCUUUAUUCUAGCUGUUAGACAGUAUAUAAGAAAAUCCGUAGCAUAUAUGUUAUCACAUGGCGGUUGGUUAAUCCUGUUGAGUGCUAUUGUCGCUGCCAUCGGCAUACUACUCGUGAUUGUUGAGGGUCCUCAUGGGAAGCAUGUUGAGGAAAUUCAGCAUUAUAUGGAGUUUGUACUGUGGUGGGUGGCUCUUGGAGUCGCAUCUUCCAUUGGACUUGGAUCUGGAUUACACACUUUUGUUCUCUAUUUGGGACCUCAUAUUGCAUUCUUCACUAUAAAAGCAAUAAAAUGUGGCCGAGUAGACAUCAAAAGUGCUUCAUAUGAUACAAUUCAAUUAAAAAGAGGCCCUUCAUGGCUUGGAAAGAAUUGUGACGACUUUGGGCCCCCAUUGUUUCCAUCAUCGGAUGGUGUACGUAUUCCACUCAGUAGCAUAUUGCCCCAUGUCCAGUUGGAGGCCAUUCUGUGGGGUCUCGGGACUGCACUUGGUGAACUCCCCCCAUACUUCAUUUCAAGGGCAGCUCGCUUGUCAGGUGACACAGUGGAUGCCAUGGAAGAAUUGGAUGCUUCCUCGGCAGAAGAUGAGGGUUUUUUAUCAACUCGUCUGAAUCAAAUAAAACGCUGGUUCCUGUCACAGGCUCAAUAUCUGAACUUCUUCACAAUCCUCAUUCUUGCUUCGGUGCCGAAUCCUUUAUUUGAUCUUGCGGGAAUAAUGUGUGGACAGUUCGGAAUUCCUUUCUGGGAAUUUUUCUUGGCAACGGUGAUAGGCAAAGCAAUUAUCAAGACUCACAUUCAGACAGUGUUUAUCAUAUCUGUAUGCAACAACCAACUGCUUCAUUGGAUGGAAAAUGAACUGCUAUGGCUGUCUAGCUUCGCACCCGGUUUCAGCUCUGUUAUGCCUAAGCUUAUCGCCAAUCUUCACUCAGUGAAAGACAAGUACUUGUCCACCAAACCUCAGCCUCCUGAAACUAUCAAGCCGGCAAAAUGGGAUUUCUCGCUCACGUCUAUUUGGAACACCGUGGUGUGGAUAAUGCUAAUGAACUUUUUCGUGAAGAUUGUGAAUUCAACUGCGCAGAGGUAUCUAAAGAAAGAGCAAGAUCAUGAGAUUGCUGCAUUGAAGAACAAGUCGUCCGAGCCUUCUGAUAACUGAUUAUUCAUAUUUUCCGUGAUUUUUUGUGCUAUUUUUAUUUUUUUUCGUGGUUCUCUCGCGACUCCAAUAAUUAGGUUUAUAGGUUAGGAUUUUUGGGUGAUAUUUAUACACAGAGUCACCAUUGAAGCCCCCCUGAUUAAAGCAUGUUGCAGAAUGCAGAGCCCUCUGAAGAAAUUGUACAGAAAUUGCAGGAUUUUUAGUAUGAGGGAAUUCUAUUAGAAGCCAUUUUUUUGGCUGUUUUAACAUUAAAUUUUAGGGGCUUAGUUAGACCUAUUCUUUUUGGGUAAUGCAAAAUAGUAUUUUUGCUUCUACUUCUUCUGGUGUUUUGCUGUUUACUUGAAUUUAUGUAAAGAAACUUCUUUUUUUUAAAAAAAAAAAAGAAAAAUAUCAUCAUUUAGCUAAGAUGAAAAA